UCCAUAAAUGUUUAACAACGGUUUUGUCUUGAACAGGAUCGUGGCCACCAGUCAGAUCCGCCUCACACACACGUGUGGAAUUUUCCCGUGUUUCGACGAGCCGAAGACGAAACCUGUUUUCCACAUCACACUCCUGCAGGAGCGAGGAACCGUCACCUCCUCCAACGCCGAGGAAAUCGAGAAAUUAAACACCAGCGUUGACGGCACUGAUGUUACGAUGAGCAGAUUCGAGUGGACGGGGAUGAUGUCAUCAGAUCAGCUGACCCUCAUCAUCACUGACGGCACAAACGUUCAACCAACAAAAACCAAACGAAAGCGUAAAUUUACUCCGAUGUAGAGUUCGGAGAGAGGAGGGUGAAAUACGGGUGAUUAGGAUAAACGUCAUCCCACUUUUAAUCAUUUUAAACUGAAACUAAAAAAAAUUUGGUACUUUAAGAAGACGCAACUCUACACAAUAAACGUACACUUUUAGUUCAAUAAAGUAAUUUUUUUAGCAUCUUCUCAACUAUCCAAACUUACUAGCGUUUGUUAUCUGAUGAACUUUAUGAAUUAUCAUCCUAACAUUCUUUAUCAUUUAUCUUUGCAGUGACUUUUUUAUCUUUUAUGUUCAAGUUCUUGUCAUUUUUAAGGUCUCUGAAGGACUUGAAGGUUGGAAUGACGUCAUUUUCGCCCUCCAUGAAUUUGACAUAUAAAGUGGGAAAAAAACACAAGGCUCCAUGUUUAUCUUGUGUUAGCAGCGAGCUAGCCAGCUAACUGUGCUGAAUAUUUACCUCAGAACAGUGAGCUGUAGAGUCAGAGUUAUAGAUUUAAUAAGCAAACACGUCUGUAUGUUAACGAUCUAAAGCUAAUGUGUGUAUACACAGUGCAUUAGCGCUGAUCAAUUAACAUCCGAUCACCACGACGGAGGUUAAUGGCAGCUGUGAACAGAGCCGUAGUUACUAUAAAUCACUGGUUAAUACACAGCAGUGUAACACUAAACACUUAUCAUAAGGCACUGUAGUAUUUGUUAAUGAUAGAAUCAUGGUUAUCUAUACAAUAACUAUAAUUAAUAAUUAACUACCAUAAUAAACCCAUGGAGGAUUUUUGUAAAGCAACUGCAGUAUUUGUUUAUAUAUAACUACAGUUCUGUGCAAAAGUCUUAGUCACGUGUAAAGAAAUGCUGUAGAGUAAAGACGCCUUCAAAAAUAAUGAAAUUAAAUGUUUCUACAUUAAAAUAAAAUCCUAUAAAGAGCAGUAAACAGUAAUAAAUGAAACAAAGUCAGUAUUUAAUGUGACGAUCCUUCACUUUAAAUAAAUAAAGCAGUAUCUGAGGUGCAGUGUGUGCAGUUUUAUAAGGAAAUGAGCUGGAAGUGUUACUGAGCAUCUUGCAGAAGCAGCCACAGUUCUUCUGGAGACUUUGACUGUCGACUCGCUUCUUAUUUCUGCAGCGAAACCCAGCAGCCUUCAUUAUGUUUUUAUCUGAAAAGUGUCUCUUAUGGAAUCUGCUGCUUUCUUUACUGACAUACAAACAUUUUUCUGUAACGUUUCAUUUUGUGCUGGAAAACUAAUGUUUGGAAUCUAAAAUGUUUUUGUACUGAAUCAAUAAUGUAGAAGUCAGAAAAUAAACAUCUAUAACAAAGUUUGUACAAAAAAAAAAAGACUUUUGCACAGUACUGUGUAUAUAAAUGAGUUUUCUAUUAUUUUAAACACAAAAAUUUUUAAACGGUUCUUUAACAUUUUAUGCCUAAAAUGUCUUUUUAACCUUAAAUGUUUUCAGCAGUAAGGUUUAUACCCGUUUUACCUUUACGUUACACCUGCGUGAACUUUAUCUGAAGUUGCGUGCCAUUUCUGACGAAUAAAACCAUCUAAACAUCUGGACGUU